AUGCAGCACCGCGUCUUCCUCUCGCUGGCUCUAUGCCUUCUUGCCGUAGACACGGCCGCCGCCAAAACGUGUCGGCAUCGCACGAAGACGACUACUCCAGCGAGCGCUGUCUCCUCGACCGAGACACCGGCUACUCCGAUAUCCUCUGUCUCAGUCUCUUCAGUCAGCUUCGAUUCAACCCCCAGUGCAUCUGCCACCCCUUCUGAUGCCACACCAUCGACCAUUGAAUCCACCCCCAGCGCUUCCACGCCUUCAUCGUCAGCCGUAGGCGCCACAGACACGCCUUCGUCCUUUUCUACACCCUCAUCUACCAUUGAGCCCUCAUCCACCGCCGAAUCUUCAUCCACUCCUACGCCCUCAUCGACCCUUGAACCCUCAUCUACGAUUGUAUCGUCAUCGACUAUCGAAACCUCCUCUACUCCUACGCCUUCAUCGGCUACCACGUUGUCGACAUCCACCGUUUUGUCUUCAACCUCAUCCUCAUCUUCAUCCUCAGCCGCACCAGCUCCCACUGAAAUCACGCCCUUCCAACUUUACGCCGCGUCAACUGGCCAAUAUGUCCAAGUACCGGCUGCUGCCAACAGUUAUCUGACGUAUCAAUCCGGUGGCUCCACCUCCACCUUCGUCAUUGAUGAGGGGACAGGCUACCUGCGCCUCAACGGGGGCGCCUUUGUGUGCGCAAGCUAUGCAUACAGCUACCAAACUGGGCUUGUUCUCUGCACUACGGCACCCCCGAUCACAGCCAGCAACCGGCGUUACGUCUCUUGUGAGCAGUCGCUCGACGACCAUGCCGUGACGUGCUCAGUACCAAUUGUGUCCUGUACUCCGGGCGGCUGCAGCAUUCAAUCCGGUCAAUACGACCAGUUCUCCAUCGACAGCCAGACCACGGGUAACGUGGUGUUCCUCUCCAGCAGCGGAACAACACGCUCUAAUGUCGUUCCUCGUCCGGUGACGGCCGUGGAGCCCGUUCCCACCUAG